AUGGAAGGAUGUUUGAAUGAGGAAGCCAUGUCUAGAUCCAAUUAUGCAAGCACAAAGAAGGGUUUAAUGGUUGCUGGCUUGCAAAGCCUAUUACUAGAAGGAGAUUCUAAUGUUGUCACGAAAUCUGCUUUGAGAAAAAAGAGCCUUCCAGUCCAGGCGAGCACCGAUAUUGAAUAUUCUUACCUCAAAUCAUGCUCCUUAUGCAACAAGAUGCUGAGCCUAGACAAAGAUGUCUACAUGUACAGGGGUGAUCAAGGGUUUUGCAGCAUAGAGUGUAGAAGUAGGCAGAUAGUUUUGGAUGAAAUGAGAGAACUAGAAGCAUCUACCAAGGAAAGACUAAAAUAUUAUAAGCACUGUAGUACUACUGCCGGCAGGCAUGAGACUCGCCGAGUCCUAGAAGACCUCCGCCGGCGUCAUAAACCACUUCCUCAUCAAAACCACUGGGCAAUAGCCUCCUAG